AUGACGGAGCUCGACGAAAUUUUUUCGUCACUCGGAAGCAAGCGUAGCAUGUCUGAGACUAGCACAAACGAAACAAUACAACAAACAAAACGUGCCAAGACGACCGAAGAAAAAAAGCAGAAGAAGAAGACAACGAAGAAGUCGAAAAAUGACACCGCAAAGGACACUUUCGACGGGGCCCCGCAGGUAGCGGAAAAAGCGGGAAGCACACUAAAGCAGCGCGCUCCAGCAGUUGUGCACGAUAUGUCCAGUGCCACUACAGUAUCACAGCCCAAACUAUUGUCCAAGAAGUCGCUUACAGAAGAGGACGCAGAGUUUGCCGACUCGCGCGGCAAAGAACGUACGUGGGGCUACAUUCUGAUUACAGGGAAAAUGACUACAGAAGGAUUUCGCGUUUAUACUGAGGACGAGUUGAAGCUGAAUCAAGGAGGCGACACACCACAUUGUCCUUUCGACUGCGAUUGCUGCUUUUGA